AUGCCAGGCAUGUCUGUAAUAGACUGCUGUCUUGAUGAGACUUCCUUCUUGAGAGGCCAGUCUCCUUCUCUCAUUCAAUAUUUGACCGUUAUCGACAACGAUCCAACAGUGAUUCAGAAGAAGGCAAGCUCGAAAAAACGCACCAUUGCUGAUAUACUCAAAGAGCACCAUGAGUACUACGGAAUUCAUCCGAAACAAGAAGCCGACAGCAACCGAAGAAAGAUAACUUUGCCAGAGCGUCUGAUAACACUUGCCAAUACACACCUAGUAUGUAGAUUCACAAAUGCUCACGAUGACCUGACUUUUGAUAAAUUGGCAGCGUUGUAUUGCGCUUCCAAAGAACCAAUUGAUAAUCCGCCAUUCGAAGUGAGCCUCAAGUUGCAUGGUGAAACGUUAGAGGUAUGGACUUUACCCCGCGGGAAACAGAAGUCAUUGCUGUUGUUCAAAUUGCAAGUCAGCAGCCAGUACGCACCUUUCUUGUCGGCACAGAUGAAUUUUGCAAGAAAGGCCCCGAAAAUUGACCCCAUUCGCCUUGAAAAGCCCACAUUGCGCCUCCAGGUCGUUCUUGACCACGCGAAUCGGGGCUUUUCACUCUACAUUGACAUUAAUUUCAAGUUAGAAAUCCAAGAAACGGUGGAUUACAGAUACCCCUUGGAUGCUAUCAAGAAAAUCCGCGAGCUCAGCCCGUUUAUUUUCACCCCCAUAUUGACGCCCUACCAAAAAGCUUACUCCUCCAAGCCGUUUCCAAAACCAACAGAGUCUUCAUUCUACGAUUUAAUAACCAGAAACACGGAAAAAAUGGCCUACGACAACGCAACACUGGACAUCCCUGACAUUCGCAAGACCUUGAUGAAAUUCCAGCAGCAGACAUUGUGCUGGAUGCUUCGACACGAGGGUGUCUGCUUCAAUGAGAUGUCGAAAAGAAUUGAGAGGUUGCCACCAGUUGAGUAUUCGCCUGAUGAUUCUAACACGAUCUCCGAAGCAUUGGACCAGGUAAGUUUUGGCUGGUCAUACAUGAAGAUGGUUGACUCUGAUUCAUACAUUUGGUAUAAUUCAUAUACAGGCAAUAUUGUCUCCACGGAAAUAGCCAUCGCCUAUCUGUCUCAGUAUAACCAAUUUCCAAAGAGCGCCAAAGCAUUGCUUUCCGAAGAGAUGGGCCUAGGGAAGACAGUCGAAGUGAUUUCACUCAUUUCGGUCAAUCCAAGAACACAACCUUAUGGGGAAACGAAGAUUGACAGCUUCAAUGGAGGAAGAUACAUUACAGAGGCCAAAACUACCUUAAUCAUCUGUCCGCAGUCCAUUAUCGGUCAGUGGAGACAGGAAAUUGAGGACAUAUCUACAACCCUGAAGGUUAUGAUAUACGAGGGUAUAUACAACUACGAGAGGGAAGCUGAGAAUUCAAAUACGAGACUCACGCCUUCUGAUAUGGCCGCCAAGAUUCGAGAGCAUGACAUAGUGCUCGUUUCUUAUCAUACAGUUUCGCGCGAACUACACAGGGCUAUUUUCAAGCCUGUUGCAAGACCUACACGGAAGUGUGCAAAAAGAAUAAAGCUCACACCAGGGGGCGCUGAUUCCAAGGAAAUUCCAGAAGUCAAGAUGGAACCUGACGAAGUGGAAUUUGAGGACACUCAAUACGAGAGGACGGAUUAUUCUUCGCCGCUAAUGUUAUGUGAGUUUUGGAGAGUUGUUCUUGACGAGGUGCAAAUGACUGCAAGCAUGACAGCAAAUGCCUCGAAGUUUGCCAGGAUCAUUCCCCGCGUACACUCUUGGGGUGUUUCAGGAACACUGAUAAAAAAUAAUUUGAAUGAUCUCUACUCGCUUUUAAGUUUCUUAAGACUAAGCCCCAUUGACUUAUACUCCAUUACCGGAGAAACCUCUCCGUGGCUCAGUAUAGUAUCAGAGGCUCCAUAUUUUCAAUUUCAGAGGCUUUUCAAAAAUAUCUGUCUUCGUCACACAAAAAAAAUGGUGGCAGACCAAAUCAAGCUCCCUUCGCAAAGAAGAAUUUUGCUCCGUAUGCCUUUUAGUGUCAUUGAACGUGAUAACUACGAUAACUUGUUUGCAAAUUUUCUUCGUCAAGUGGGACUCAAUGAACAAGGCGAGCCCGUAGUUGAUGACUACGAUCCAGCAAGAUACUAUACCUCAAUGCGCCACUGGCUGAUUAGACUGCGUCAGGUAUGCUGCCAUGCUCAGCUGGGAUCGAGCGCCAGCAGUAGGCGUAGGUUAGGAGGGAUAUUUUUCGGUGACGAUAAUGGGAGUGACAAAUCAGGUAUCAUUUUGGGAACGUUGGACGAUGUUCUUUCCAGUCUCAAGAAAACUACUUUUGACGAAUAUGUGUCAGGAGAAAGAAAUAUAUAUAGUUUGCAAUUGAGACGAGGAAAGAUAUACGAGUUUUUGAGACUUCCACAGAAAUCAAUGGAGAUAUUUGAGAUGAUAAUGCCCGACAUUGAGCUAAAAGUCAAAGAAUUUCAAGACUCAGGUGAAGAAAAUAAUGCCAAAUUGCGGUCGUGGUUGGAACUGCUAUAUCAAACAUAUUUCCUCUAUGCUUCCUCUCAUUAUCAGCACUAUCGGCCAAUGCGACCAAUGCCAGAUGCGUUUGACAGCAAGGGACAAGUUCCUGAUGUCGAGGAAGAUGUGCUGAAUCCCGUUGAAGAGGUCGAUUUAAAUACUCUAUCUGAAGAUGAGAGGUCACAUUACCAGAUUGAAAACGAGUAUUACAGAAAGGCGGACGAUUUACUUACACAAAUUCUUCAAGAGCCUAUUGUCAAAGUCAAUGAGGCGAUUUCCAAACUCAUCGACAAAAUCAGCACCUAUUCAAAAUACAAGUUCCCCAAUAACGCACACAAGAAGACAUAUGCCGCUGUUUUAAAGGAGUUUGAUUUGGACAUUCCAAAUGAUCUUUGGAAGGUCUGCAGUAAUGAGUCGGUGGAUUUGGGUGAAAAUUACGGUCACUCAAUGCACGCACAAAUGUACCAUGAAAGACUUUCUAAGACAAUCUCUGACCUUAAUAUACAAGGACACAUUAUCAAUGUUUGGAUCUCCAAGUUAGUGGAUUUGCUAAAGGAGCCGGUGACUAAGGACGAAGACAAUCAGAAUACGGGUGAAGAAUACGGUGCUUCUCUCAUAAAUCAAGAGCUUGCGCAUACCUAUUUAGAAGAGUUACAGCUGAUACUUGAGGACCGGGAGAACGCAAUGAUAUCUUUUGACGACUCUUCUCAGAAACGAGGGAAGAUGGUAAAGGAGAAGAUCAUUGUAAAUGUGAAUCAGCCUACGAAUUACGAUCUUCACGUUCAUUUGGACAAGAUCAGAAGAGCUGUCCUUCCUGAAGGGGCAUACAACUCAAAGUUUUGUCUGCGGACGCUCACAACAGAAGCCCAAAAUCUAGUUCUGGACUUUCAGAAAUAUGAUGAAAGGGGCAACACUUUGUCAAGUGACUACGAGUUUCUGAAGAGUCUCAGUUCAAUCAUAAAGAAAGAGUUUGAUUUGCAAAGAAAGAACAUUGUGCAUCUCCGAACAAAGCUGUUUGAAGUCCUUAAUGAUACGUUCAAUUCCAAAAUCACAUAUUUCAAAUCUUUGCAGAUAAAGUCGGACAUUGUCGCUAGGUACCUUCCUGUUAGACCUGCUAUUUCUCCUGAUAUGACUCCCUCAGAAAAGGCAGAGCAGGAUUUACGAGGUUUAGAUCUAGAGAUUCGGGCUUUGCAAGAUUCAGUGCGUGCCAGUAAAGUCAGACUGACCUACUUGAACAGUAUUAUCGACGAUUCUUUCGAGGACCACGAAGAGGAAUCCAAAAACGAAAAGUUAUGUGUUAUUUGCCGAUCGUCCAUUGUUGUAGGCACCCUAACUACCUGUGGUCAUCAAUUUUGCAAAGACUGCUUGGGAGAGUGGAUGAGACUGCACCCUACUUGCCCAAUGUGCAAAAAACGGUUGUAUUCCUCCGAUCUGUACUCAUUCACAGUGACCCGGAAAGAAUUGAAAGGAGGAAUGAUGGCUGACUCACAGGAUUCUGCAGAGUCAAAACCAAUGAGCGAGGUCAAUAGAGACCUUUCGCGACUUUACCAGUCUUUAGAUCCGACAAUGCUCAAGGAAAUCUCGUCAAUUGAACUGAAGAAAAAUUACGGCUCCAAGGUGGACAUGAUUGUUCGACAAAUAAUCUAUUUGAAACAGAUGGAGCCAGAUGUUCAAAUUCUUGUUUAUUCGCAAUGGACAGACUUUCUUAAGUUCUUGGGAAGGGCUUUGCGUCAAAACGGCAUCAGUUUUCUUUCAUCGUCAGAUGUGACUCACGGUGAACCCAAUACUAAAAAGGGAAGAAGCACUUUUGGCAGCAAGGAGAUUGACAAGUUCAAAAGAGAUCCACGAAUCACGUGUUUCCUUUUGAACGCUAAGGCGCAGGCUGCCGGGCUUACUCUCACGAAUGCGUCUCAUGUGUUCUUGUGCGAGCCGCUAGUCAAUCUACCUUUGGAGCUGCAAGCUAUCAGUAGAAUCCAUCGAAUUGGCCAAUCUCAAGAGACCAAAGUUUGGAAUUUUGUUAUUGAGAACUCCGUUGAGGAGUCUAUUGCUAUCCUCUCGACCAAAAAAAGGAUGGAACUUGUGCGCAGGAGAAGUCAUCCAGAAUCCACGAUUGAGGACUUGGACGAUGAUUUGGUGGAUGCUACGGAGCUGUCCAAGACUCUAAACGGUCUGGUCGAUAAAAAAGUCAGCGGCGGGGAGGUUGUUGCCAACGAUGAGCUAUGGGCAAGCUUCUUUGCAGCCAAAUCGGGCAAUCUGGUCGAUUCCAUUGUGGCGCAUCCAGAGUGA